AUGUCUUGUUUGAUUCAUUAUUUCUGUGGAGUUGGAAAUAUCUUCGAGUGCUUUAAGUUGUUGGAGAAGAUGAUGCAUGCUGGUCCUACUCCGAACGUUGUGACUUAUAAUGCAGUCAUUGAUGGUCUAUGCAAGAACCACUUGCUUAGGACAGCUUGUAGAGUUCUUAGACAAUUUAAACAUUCUAGAACAUUCCCUGAUACAACUACAUAUAAUAUUCUCAUAAAAACAGCCUUGAGUGCUAAAGAAUAUGCUGUGGCCAAGGAGUUAUUUAACGAUUUGUACUCCCAGGGAUUGGAACCUGGCGCAGUCACUUAUAGAUCCUUGAUUAGUGCCAUAUGUAAAGAUGGGAAUAUACGCGUUGCCCUUGAGCUUUGCAACUGGAUGCAUGCUGAUGGAUGCAAGCCAUCAGUUGACAUGUACAAUAUGAUAUUGAAGGCAAUGCUUCAAAAAAGGAUGUUUAGGGAUGUUUUUUUGUUACUAAAGGAUAUGCGAAUAAAUGGUUGUGAGCCUGAUGAUAUGUCAUAUGUGAUUCUCAAGCAUGUAUUCUCAGACGAUGAGCAGAAGAAUUAUUUUCAGGCCAAAAAUCUCCCUGAGUAUGGGUCGCCUGGAUUGGAAGGAAAGUUUAGAGGGGAGAUAAUUGAGGGAGUGGAUGAUUCUGAGGGUUGUGACAUAAGCAGUAGCAAAGUUGUGGAGUUCAAAAUUAUGGAGACACAAAGUCAACAGAGAAGUUUCAAAUUUGAUGUCCUUUGCGCUUGUCAUGGAUUUGAGUCAUUUGGCUCAAAGAGCUUGGUCUUCCUAGCUGACAUUAACGUUAAUGAUGACCUGUGUAAGAAUGUAGCUAGUGCUAAUCUCCAAGAAACUUAG